AUGUCUACGGCUGUCACCCCCGCCAAAGGGUCGGAGCCCAAGGCCAAGGAGGUUGUAUCCCACCCGUGUCCUGCGUCAUGCGGUUCGACCAUCUCGGGCAGGGACCCUCACCCGAUGUGCAUAGCGUGCAUGGGCCCUAAACACGCCCAGGCUUCGCUGGCUGACCCACAAUCAUGUUCUCACUGUGCUUCAAUGCCUGAGAAAAUUUUGGAAAGGAGGUUGAGAGUAGCUGUGGCUAACAGUCAGGACCCCUGUCUGGCAGCCGCCACUCCCAAGCCCGACGUCCAUCAGCCGCGAGUCUCUACGAGCUGGGCGGACAUGAUGGACACUGAAUCCCCGGUUAUGCCCCCGCUGUUCGACGACCUAGAUCAUGGGGUGCUGGGGGAUGAGGACGCAGAGUGUGAUGCUGACUCUGACCUCCUCGACAUGGUGGAUAUGGAGGAAGAAGAGGAGGACGAUUCUUUUCCACCCCAACAGUCGAGGCCACCUAGCGGUGCCGAGGCUGCUCCACCCAUGGACAGCGACUUGUAUGAAGUCUGUAAGCGUGCCGCUGCCAAACUGGGAAUUGCAUGGCCUGCAGCCCAGGGUCCAGAGGGGACAGAGCGGGACCUGUAUGAUGGUAAGAGGCUCCCGCCGGCUCAGCCUCCACCCAAACAGCUCUUACCAGCGGUGCCAGCCUGUAUGAAGGAGAUGAGCCGUUACUGGCCAUCCCCUUUCAAGAGGAAGCUCCCAACCAAGGGCUGUUCCAAGCUGGAGAUUCAGGGGAUGAGUGAGCUGGGUCUGGCCGAACCCCCAGCGGUGGAGACUUCAGUGGCAUACCACCUACAUCCUAAUCGCAGGUCAGUUUCAGCCUCAUCCAGUGUUUCUCUGCCCAGUAAGUCAGAUCGCCUCACCGCAUCUAUUUACCAGAGGAUGUAUAAGUAUGCAGCUCAGUCAGUGUGCUCCCUCAAUGCUGUCACACUGCUGUCAGCGUACCAGGCUGAGAUUUUGGAGGAGAUGGGUUGCCAGCUGGAUUCCCAGACUCCCAACCCCCUCCUUUGGGAUGAAAUAUGCGUGGUGAAUGAUCUCCUCCUACGCUCCUCCAGGGGAGCAGUGCAGGGAUGUGGCCGCAUCAUGGGGCUAGCAGUCACAGGUGAGAGAGCCCUGUGGCUGAAUUUGUCUGGUUUAAGUGAUUCUCAGAAGGCUGAGAUCAUGGAUGCAGCAUAUGACCCCACCAAAGGUCUUUUUGGCCCUGUGCUGGAGAGGAUGAAGGAAACCAGCACGCGCAGGAAGCAGGCGGGAGAAGCUUUUGACCUCUGCUUACCGCGCAAACCCCAGCCUCGCCCACCUCAGCCUCCCAGUGCUGGCUUUGCAGCAUCAGCAAUGAGGAGGAAACCCAGCAGCACCAGGAUGCAGAAGCCUGGGCCAGCACAGCAGACAAGCCACCAGCCCAAGUUUGGAGGCUCCCAUUGUUCCCAGUUCUUCAGGAGCCCUCCUUCAGUCUCUCUCCUCACAAAUGAUGGGAGUGAAGACUCAAGGGCAGGUUACACAGUGUCACCAAGCACUCAUUCAGUGUCACCAAAUGUCUCCAAGGUUUCUGUUAGUGCGUCGGCUCAUGUUCUGGAAGAAGAGAUUGUGUCGUUAUUAAACAAACACGCAAUCAGAGUGGUUCCGAGCGAGGAAAUACAUCAGGGCUUUUAUUCCCGGUACUUCCUCAUUCCAAAGAAGGGAGGCUCAUCCCUGCGGCCAAUUCUGGACCUCCGUGUAUUGAACAAACACUUAAGAAAGUACACGUUCAGAAUGCUAACACACAAAGUGCUCUGCCGCUUGAUUCGUCCAAACGACUGGUUUGUGACAAUCGAUUUAGCAGACGCGUAUUUUCAUAUUGCCAUUUAUCCAGCACACAGGAAAUUCCUCAGGUUCGCCUAUCAAGGGGCGGCCUACGAGUUUCAGACAAUCCCUUUCGGCCUUUCGUUAGCUCCGAGGGUAUUGAGCAAGUGUGUAGAAGCAGCGCCGUUUCCUCUGAGGAACAACGGCAUCAGGAUAUUUUCGUACAUAGACGACUAUCUCAUUUGCUCUCACUCUCGGGAACAGGUGAUCAAAGAUUCCGUUACGGUGCUGAAUCACCUCAAAGACCUCAGUUUCAGAAUAAACGAGGCAAAGAGUCGCCUGGAGCCGGCACUGCAGUAUUUAGGGCUCAGUAUAAACUCCCUCUCGUAUCGCGUCAGGCUAUCGGAGGCGAGGGUGACGGCAUUCAGUCAGUGUCUCGCGCUUUUUCAGCUGGGGAAAGCAGUGAGUUUCAGACUAUGCCUUCGGCUUCUCGGACUCAUGGCGUCCGUGAUAUUUGUGGUGCUGUUGGGGCUGCUUAUGAUGAGGGAUCUUCAGCGAUGGGUGGCAUCUCUGCAUCUGAGCUCUCAGCGUCAUCUGCACCGCAGAGUGAGGAUAACGGCGCAGUGCAUUACGGCACUCCGGCCGUGGAGAGACCAGACAAUAUUAACGUCUGGCGUACCUCUGGGGGCGGUGUCGUCCAGGGUAACCAUGACGACAGACGCUUCUCUUUCGGGGUGGGGUGCGGCGCUUCUGGGCAGGACAGCCAACGGCGUGUGGCCCCAGCGGAUGGCGCAACUUCACAUAAAUGUACUGGAGAUGCAUGCAGUGUUUUUGGCACUCAGACAUUUUCUGCCCCAUCUUUACUGCCGUCAUGUCUUAGUGAAGACAGACAACUCCACUGUGGUAGCUUAUAUCAACCGCCAGGGAGGCACACGGUCUCUGCAGCUGCACAGGUUAGCUCAGAAGUUAAUUGUGUGGAGCAGUACAAGGUUCCUGUCCCUCAGAGCGACCCAUGUAGCAGGGAUUCUGAACAGGGGAGCGGACCUAUUGUCCAGGGGGAACCCGCUGUAUGGAGAGUGGAGGCUCCACCCACAUGUGGUAGCACAGAUUUGGCAGAGAUACGGCCAGGCAGACGUAGAUCUCUUCGCCUCUCAAGAAAACACUCACUGCCCACUGUUCUUCUCUCUGUCGGACGUGAGCGCACCUCUGGGCGUCGACGCUCUGGCCCACCAGUGGCCAGAUGUUCUGCUGUAUGCCUUUCCGCCUCUCAGCCUGAUUUCUCCGACUCUGGCCAGAGUGCGGGAGCAGGGGCUAACACUGAUUUUGGUGGCUCCUCGGUGGCCGUCCAAACACUGGAUAACAGAGAUAAUACAGCUUCUGGCAGACGAACCAUGGCCACUCCCCAUACGCAGGGAUCUUCUCUCCCAGGCUCGGGGCGAGAUUUAUCACCCUCACCCGGACCGGCUGUCUCUUUGGGCCUGGCCAGUGAGAGGUGGAACCUGAAUGCUGCGGGCCUGCCUCCAGAGGUCAUUGACACUAUUCAGAAUGCUAGGGCUUCCUCCACCCGCUCCCUUUACAGUGGUAAAUGGCGGAUU